CGUUCUAGCUUCCACAACAUCGUAACAGUGCCCAAAAGUUACCCCCUCUUCUCUCUCUCUCUCUCUCUGGUGAUCGUCGCUGAGAGCGGCGACUGGCGACGGUGGCGAUGGCGUCCCACCUUCUGAGCCGAGCAAAGAACCUAACCCUCUCUUGCCGCCUACUCCACCAUCCUUAUGCCCCGAGCGAUCCCGUGGCCUUGGCUCACUGCCUCCGAGCAGUCGGCUCGCUCGUCUCCUCCCAUCCGCUCCCUGAUCCCAGAUCCGCCUCGGCCCCCAUUGCCAAUCGCUCGUCCCCCGUUGCUUCCUGUCUCGCCCGUGCCCCAGUUUUCGGCCACCUUGUUUCUGGAAAGAUUAGUUCUGAAAGAAUUUUGCAAAAUGGCACUUUUAGUCCAUUACAUGGAAGUGCACAGUUCUUAGCUCGCUCAUUUCAUGUGAAAGCACAUGGUGGAGAAACAAAUAUUCAAGCAGACAACACACAUUUGCAGCAUAAUAACGUAUCUGAUGUGAUUGGAGUUGAAGCACCUAGUUGUUUGAAGGGAAAGGAGAAUGAGUGUUCAAAGGUAAUUGCUUUCAGUCCACUGGAGGUAACCCAUACUAUGUCACGAAAAAGCGGGUUGGUGAAUGAAAGCUUGAAGGUAAAGACUAUGGAGCUUUCUAUAAAGACUACAUAUGCUCUGAUACCAGCUUUGCUACUCGUAUCAAAUCCAAAGUUGACUACUUCAGCGCUUGUUCUGUGCAUAUACUGGCUAGUCUGGGUUUUUUAAAGAGAUCUUUCUGGACUAUGUUCACCAUGAAGUGACGAGGAAAUGGGUCUUGAUAUAUUUUAAGCUGCUACUUUUUGUCUUAGCCAAGGACACUAUCCUUGCUUUUGAUCUAGUGUAACGUCGUCUUAGUGUGUCAUAACCACAAACUGCAGACUGAUGGAUAAGGAAGUCAGCCAAUGGCCAACCCAUGAUUGUUGUUUUACUUGCGUUCUAUGACUUCAAAUUCCCAGUUUGUUUAUGCUAUAGAGGCUUGUGUCUAGAUAUGUUUGGGUUUUCAUUUCUAGUGAUUGUUGGGAACUGGGGGUAGGCUGUGGUUCCAUCAGUGCUAUAUGAUUGUGGUUGAUUCUA